GCCUGCCUAUAAAUCGGGCGCGAACGCAGAGGGCGCCAUUUAUAGGCGUCCUGCUCUUUUAGCUUUGGCAGCCAAUCGCCUCUUGUCCUGUCGUCGUCUCUUCCUUUCGCGUGAGCAGUUCAGGCGUUCUUGCCCUUUCCUCGCUCAGGUCAGGUGGGGAUAGGAUCGUGACGUCGUCAUCGCCACCACCACCCCCAGCAUCCCGAGCUGCUGCUGGCGGUGGGGCAACCGCGUGCGUUGCUAGCUUGCUCGAUCUGCCUCUCCUCUGGAUCCCCUGUCCUGUCCCUGUUAAUCGCGCGCGCUUGCCUAUUUACAAGGCGAAACAAGCGCGCAGCAGUGGCCAUGUCGUCCGACGCGGUGGCCGCCAGCAGCAGGAAGGGCCGGCUGAAGCAGCGCUACGACAACGAGUUCCGCCUCGUCGCAGGGUCGGGCGUCUGCCUUUUUGAUUUUCCUCGGUCUUGGAUACAUUGGUGCGUGCCGUACCGGGUGAACAAGAAAGACGACGAGGGCGGCAACCCGUGCAGCAGCCUCGGCGACGACACGGCGGCGGAGGUGGAGGUGCUCAUGAUCUCCACGCCUAACCGGGCCGACAUGGUCUUCCCCAAGGGCGGGUGGGAGGACGACGAGGACGUCUACCAGGCGGCGUGCCGCGAGACCACGGAGGAGGCCGGCGUCAAGGGCAUCAUCAACAGAGCUGCGCUGGGGCACUGGGUGUUCAAGAGCAAGAGCAGCCAGAACAGCACCACCAGCACCAGUGGAGCCUGCAAGGGCUACAUCUUCGGCAUGGAGGUCACGGAGGAGCUCGAGUCAUGGCCGGAGCAGGACACGCACGACCGGCGAUGGGUCUCUCCGGCCGAAGCCUACCAGCUCUGCCGGUACGACUGGAUGCGGGAGGCGCUCACCGCGCUGCUGGAGAGGCUGUCGGUGCUGCAGCCGGUGGCAGCGGCGGCGGCGGCGGCCACACCGGAACUGGCGGCCGACCAAUCUGGCAUGUACAUGAUGCUCCAGGCGUCCUCGGACGGAGGAGCGGUGGCGCUGUGCUAGCUCAUUGAUGGUGGACGACGCUGCUGUUGCUAACUGUCCAAACUGCACGCUCCACGUUCAGUUCAAAGCAAGUGCAACAAAUUCAGACCCUCUAUCUAAUUGCUCGUUUAGUCCCUUCGGUUUUCAGCUAGUCAUGAGUCUUCACUCUUCAGUGUGCCUGCAAUUAAUGCAACAUUGGUGUUGGUUGGCUAGUUUCAGAGGUCAGGACAAAGCGACUGUCCCCUCGGCCCUUGCAUGAUGAUCUAUAUAUACGAUUACUGAGUGUUCCUGUGUCAUCUACUGUGGUGUUCAUGUAAUAUGUGAAAAAUGUUAUGGCGUUUGUGAAUGCUAAUAAUAAUACUCUUACAUCGAGUUUUGUUCGGCGGAA